AUGCCGAAGGAGAGGGAGAAGAGGCGAAAGACCUCCAAGGAGGCAGGUCUGUCUGGCGCUGGGAUUAGUGAAGGGUUUGUUAAAGAGCGCAGAACAAGCUGCAAAGCAUCUGAGAUUCGCGAUGAACUGUGCCAGAUGACAGAAGUAAGGUUACCUGAGGUUAACUCCACUCAAGCGCAAACUAGUAUGAUGGAGGUGCUCCGUGUACCGCAGGUGACAAUAACCCCAGAUGGAGGCUGCUCGCAUGAGAUCGGGCAGGAGGACUGGGCUGAUGUGGACGGUCCUCUACGACGGAAUAUGUCAAACUCCUCUAUCUCCUCAACAGGUUCCUCCAUAGAGUCAGAGGAUGACAUUCUGAGUGACAACGAGAAAAAGAGCAAGGGGAAUAUCACAUUAGAACAUUUGUGUGAGGACACGGGAGAAGUGAGUACAGACUAUUCUUUAUUAAAAUAAAGUCAAGUUGUUAUAAGUGCCUUUUGCGUCUCUUUUCAUAUUUUAAGGAGAAAUUGUGCACCAAUAUUGAAUUUUAAAAGCCUGUUAUAGUAAAUGAAUUGCCCUUUAAUAAAGCUGGGUUGAGAAACUCUGCUACCUUUAUUAUAGAUGACAUGGAGAAUUCAAUAAAUCAGAUUUUUAUAUGAAUAAAGACUUGCUAAAGUGCCAAAAUUCUGCAUUUUUAUGUCUGUAACUUCUAGGCACCCUCUGUGACUUCUAGGAGGAUUUUAACCCACUUAACCCCAAAAUGUAUCCAGGUUUUCACCAUCAUAUAGUUAAGCACUAGUUGUGACAGUCAUUUCUGAAGAUUACUUUUUAUUUCAUGUGGUUAGUAAUUCAUUUACAUCUGCCCCUCAUUUUAAGGUCAACCCUGUUAAAGCUGCAAUAUGUAACUUUUUGGGGCGACCCGACCAAAUUCACAUAGAAAUGUGUUAUAAAUCUGUCAUUCUCAUUGAAAGCAAGUCUAAGAAGCGGUAGAUCUGUUCUGUGUGUGCUAUUUCUGUGCUUCCCAUUCUUAAGUUUAGUUUUUGCAGUCUUUUACUUUUGUCAACCCUGUUACCCAUAGAUACAGGCUAGAAAUGUUUUGUCUACUAGCAUAUCUCAGAUCUGGCAGUCAUUCUGAUAUUAUGACUGAGAACUCUGUCCUGUCAUGGGGAAGAAUAAAUCUAGCCCUAUCUACAUGCCAAGUACAGUACCAUGUUUGGAUGAAGAACAAUGUUGAAGGCUCUUGAAAAGUUACUAGAUUUGUUCUUAAAUUCAAAUCACAUUGCAAACAGACAUAUAGAAAAUAUCUUAAAGCAGGGUCCAAUUGUCUAAAGUAAUGACAUCGAUGUGGUUAUUUGAUCACACGUAUUAUAUGUAUUGACCUACAUGCUCAACGAGCACGGUCUUGAGUGUGUAUUAGGUUACAUUAGCAAAUAGCCAAGGAGCCAAAGGGAGGGGAAGGGCUAGGCUAUAGUUGUAUGAUAACUGGAAACACGUCUCUUCUCUGAUUUAUGAAGAUCUUCUUCAUUCUUUAAAGCUGUAAUAUGUAACUUUUUGGGCAACCCAACAAAAUGCACAUAGAAAUGUGAGUUAUAGAUCUGUCAUUCUCAUUGAAGGCAAUUCUAAGAAGCGGUACAUUUGUUCUAUGUAUGCUUUUUCUAUGCUUCCCUUUUACUUUCGGUUUUGUACACCAACUUCAAACGGCUGAAAAUACAAUGUUUUUGGUUAUAGAAAAUAUAUUUCACAGCGGUUUAAAUGGUAGAAUGAUUCUCUACACUAUACUUGCUUGUUUUGUCACAUAAACUAUUAGAAUUUGAGCAACCAGGAAAUGGCGGAGCGAUUUCUGCAUAGUGCAUCUUUAAUGGAUGUAAGCCUACUGAUGAAUGUACUAAACGUCCUUUCCUUAAUGUAUUAAUUAAUAUUUUAGAAACCCUUUCAUACACAAGACAUAAAGCCACAUACAGUACGUGUGAUACUGGUAUAAUCAGUUGUUUUGAGGAUCUGUAUAAUGUUUUCUUCUUUAUAGUGCAGUAACAAUGAGUCACUGAACCUGAGUGAAAAACAGCACAUUUUCGUAUCUAAUCAACAGCCAAGUGAUCAGUCAGCGCUUAUCACUUGGGUAAUUACAGACACUUAUUACAGACACUACUCUAAUGGUUUAUUUUGUCUUGUUUGAGAUCAUGUCAGAUAGGCCUAUAGUUAGCUAUCUUAAAGGUCAUUUCCUCUUUUGUGGUGCUCUUCUGUGAGACAACACAGAAGUGGAAAGGAAUUAAGUUACCCCCCCAUCGUAAUUGAGUUAACUCCCUUCAUUUCUGAUGGGCCCUGGUUGCUGGUCUGAAGCAGCCAUUUUGUUUUAGCCAUGUCUUUAUAGCACAUAAUACAGGCGCUGCUGUAAGCCUGACCUGCAGUAUGAUUUAGGAGGACUGAGGGUGGUGCUGUAUUUGACUUCAACACUCUUGACUGAUGAUUUGCUCUAUAAAAUAGUGAUACAGUUGUGUUGUCAGGACAAUAGAGUAGUUUUAGAUCCUCAAACUUAAAAGUAGCUGUGAAUACCUAUAUGAUGAUCCAACAAAGUCUCCAAAUAAUGUCACUUGUGAACGUAAAAACAUAAUUCAAUGUAUGACUUCUCUUCUAAGGCCUCUGUUCCUCUACACCACUGGGUGGAAAAUCUGAUCGAAGUGAAUAAUAAUCUGCUUGUUAGAAGCCAUAUUUGACUUUGUCUCCGACAUCUGGAGAUCUGUGUCUCUGUACCUCUGUAACUCUUCAGAGCUAUGCUCAGCCAUCUCCAUAGAAGGAUCUUAGCUGUCAGCUUCCUUUAAACACACUGAAUACACAUUGCCUGGCCCUGCUGGAAGAGGGCUGAGCUGUGUACACUACAUAGUGGUGCUCAGUGCUCUCCAACUGGGCCAGGUCAGUAUGACAGGCCACUUGAAAAGCUCUCAUACCCAACCCUUUUAUUGAUCUUUCCAGUCAUUUAAAACAAACAAUAGUAAUGGAAAAAGUGCCUCCCUGUUCUGAAAAUAGAGAUUUCAUUAACUCGCUAACCUUUUUAAUAUAGCAGAUGAAGUGUCCAGUCAGCCCCCACACUUACAAUACAAGCCACCCCCAUAGUCUUAUGUGCAAAUUUUAGCCACAUUGACAUUUAGUUAUUGCCCUUUCAACACAACAAGAAAAGUACUACUUUGUACACUAGGUUACCCAUUCUGUGUUUCCAGUAGGGGAGAGUGGGGUAAGUUGAGCCAUUUUUUACAUUCAGCAUCACUCUGUCAAGGAAAAUAUAUGACUCUUUCUAACAAAUGUAUCUACAUAUAUUUCAAGAUGUUGUGUAUCCCUGGAAAUAAUCAGAAUUCAUGUAAACAUUACAGUUUUGAAAAAAUCACUUGUUCAAAAUAAGUAGUGUCUUGGCAUGACACCCUGGGUAUGUGGUAAGUUGAGCCACAAGGACAGGGUAAGUUAAUCUGCCUACAAAUUUCUGUUCUGAAUGAAAUAUUACCACCACCUUUUGAAAACCAUGUCUAUCUUUAUUUCCCUAACACAAUUCAACACAAUUGCUUUUUUGUCUUUUAAACAUUUUAGGCAUCUUUAAUGCAGGCUUAACUUUUUUUACUUUUUUUUACACUUUUAACAAGGGCCAUGUACUGUUGUUAGCUCAUAUCCCAGUGAUAAUGCCUUGCAUUAUGCCUGGGAAGAAAACACAAACAUUUGCACAACUUGCCAUUGGCGCAACUUACCCCAAGUCAAACAUUUUGACUAUAUUAGCCCACACAGCUACAAGGAUGCACUUUCAUGAUAGGUUUAAGACCUCAUAUUGAAGCUUAUAGAGACCCCAACUGAUGUAUAGAAUACUCUUAAAAUUAUCUACUUUGGUUUAGAUAGAAGCAUCAUGAAACCUCUAACACAAUAAAUUCAUUUGACUUGGUGAAAAUCUGUGUUUUUGGACCUAACUUGCUUACCACUUUUUCCAUUUGGUUUCUUCCUUCAGAUUCCAUGAAAGGAUGACCUCUUCCUAAAUAUUUGGUAAAAUGAUUAAUUUUGUGAAUGGUUUCCUAGAAACAAGGGUGGCUCAACUUGCCCCUUUGGCUCAACUUACCCCACUCUCCCCUCUGACAAUAACUUGUAGUGAAAAAGAGUAAUACACUUUGAUGGCAUCACAUUUAUUGGCACUAGCAAUUUGUGAAAAAAAAUGGUAUGUUAAUGAUUGCUCAUAUUCAAAUCUGCCAGGUUGAGAAACCGUUGCAAGGAAAAUGAACAGCUUGAGUGAAUCAUUCAGUAUUGUCACUCCCUUGUUCCAGGUCUUGUUGACUGUUCUGUCAUUUUAAUGGGGCAAGUUCAAGUGUAGUGGGCUUUCUUUGCAGCUGAUUCUAGGAGCCUUAUUUUCCAUCAGUCUGUCAAACACAAUAGGUACGGCUUUACAAAAGAGGUGUGUCCCAGACCUCACUAGGAAUGUAUUAGUAGAUGGUUAAAGAAACAAAAACGUUUCACAAACAUUUAGUUAUUGUAAUUUGUGAGAACACGCCUCAUACCGUUAUGGAAAUUGAUCAUUUAUUUUCAUGAAUUGAAAUACCUACUACAAUGUUGAAAUUCAGACUAGCUUUUACAUUACGUCUAUAGAAUUAUAUGUAGCCACAACUGAAAGGACUAUAUCUUCAUAUCUCCUUAUCGUGACAGAGCACAUGGCUUUUUUAAAAUACAUGUGCAUUAAUACGUUGUCACUGUACACUGUUGGUAAUUCUGUGUUUGAGAGAAAGUUGAAGGCCUGUGUGGACAUAUGACACCCACAUAGCUGCCUAUACCAACAGAAAGUCAAUUUUAUAUGCCACAUCAACAACACCAGCGAGUGUCACUUGACAUUUCAGAGUAGCUGUGAGUUCUGUUAUUUGUUUUCAGUGUACACAAUCAACAGAAUGAGUAGUGUUUUUUCACUGCGGCCAAUGACCAGGGCUUCACUUCCUUUUACUGCAAUCUCAGCAUACUGCAUAGUGACAUCCAACCUCUGUUUCAUUCAUUACCCUGAAUUGUCAUUGUCACUGGACUUGCAGUGCAUUCGGAAAGUAUUCAGAUCCCUUGACUUUCUCCACAAUUUGUUACAUUACAGCCUUAUUCUAACAUUUAUUAAAUUGUUGUUGUUGUCCCCCCCCCCCCCCCCCCCCUCCUCAAUCUACACACAAUACCCCAUGAUGACAAAGCAAAAACAGCUUUUAAGAAUGCAUUUUUUGGGAAAUAUCACAUUUACAUAAGUAUUCAGACCCUUUACUCAGUACUUUGUUGAAGCACCUUUGGCACCGAUUACAGCCUCAAGUCUUAUUGGGUAUGAUGCUACAAGCUUGGCACACCUGUAUUUGGGGAGUUUCUCCCAUUCUUCUCUGCAGAUCUUCUCAAGCUCUGUCAGGUUGGAUGGGGAGUGUCGCUGCACAGCUAUUUUCAGGUCUCUCCAGAGCUGUUCGAUCGGGUUCAAGUCCGGGCUCUGGCUGGGCCACUCAAGGACAUUCAGAGACUUGUCCCGAAGCCACUCCUGCGUUGUCUUGGCUGUGUGCUUAGGGUCGUUGUCCUAUUGAAAGAUGAACCUUCGCCCCAGUCUGAGGUACUGAGCGCUCUGGAGCAGGUUUUCAUCAAGGAUCUCUCUGUACUUUGCUCCGUUCAUCUUUCCCUAGAUCCUGACUAGUCUCCCAGUCCCUGCCGCUGAAAAACAUCCACACAGCAUGAUGCUGCCACCACCAUGCUUCACCGUAGAGAUGGUGCCAGGUUUCCUCCAGACGUGACGCUUGGCAUUCAUGCCAAAGAGUUCAAUCUUGGUUUCAUCAGACCAGAGAAUCUUGUUUCUCAUGGUCUGAGAGUCCUUUAGGUGCCUUUUGGCAAACUCCAAGCAGGCUGUCAUGUGCCUUUUACUGAGGAGUGGAUUCCGUCUGGCCACUCUACCAUAAAGGCCUGAUUUGGUGGAGUGCUGCAGAGAUGGUUGUCCUUCUGGAAGGUUCUCCCAUCUCCGCAGAGGAACUCUGGAGCUCUGACCGAGUGACCAUUGGGUUCUUGGGCACCUCCCUGACCAAGGUCCUUCCUCACCUCAUUGCUCAGUUUGGCUGGGUGGCCAGCUCUAGGAAGAGUCUUGGUGGUUCCAAACUUCUUCCAUUUAAGAAUGAUGGAGGGCACUGUGUUCUUGGGGACCUUCAAUCCUGCAGAAAUCUUUUGAUACCCUUCCCCAGAUAUGUGCCUCGACACAAUCCUGUCUCGGAGCUCUAAAUCAAAUCAAAUCAAAUUUUAUUUGUGACAUGCGCCGAAUACAACAGGUGUAGACCUUACAGUGAAAUGCUUACUUACAAGCCCUUAACCAACAAUGCAGUUUUAAGAAAGAAUACCAAAAAAAUACCAAAAACAUUAUAUGAGAAAAUAAUAAGAAAGAAAAGUUACAAAUAAUUAAAGAGCAGCAGUAAAAUAACAAUAGCGAGGCUAUAUACCGGGGGCACCGGUUAGUCGAGGUAAUUGAGGUAAUAAGUACAUGUAGGUAGAGUUAUUAAAGUGACUAUGAAUAGAUAAUAAACAGAGAGUAGUAGCAGCAGCAUAAAAUAGGGGAGGGGGCAGCAAUGCAAAUAGUCAGGGUAGCCAUUUGAUUAGAUGUUCAGGAGUCUUAUGGCUUGGGGGUAGAAGCUGUUUAGAAGAAUCUUGGACCUAGACCGCUUGCCGUACGGUAGCAGAGAGAACAGUCUAUGACUAGGGUGUCUGGAGUCUUUGACCAUUUUUAGGGCCUUCCUCUGACACCGCCUGGUAUAGAGGUCCUGGAUGGCAGGAAGCUUGGCCCCAGUGAUGUACUGGGCCGUACGCACUACCUUCUGUAGUGCCUUGCGGUCGGAGGCCGAGCAAUUGCCAUACCAGGCAGUGAUGCAACCAGUCAGGAUGCUCGCGAUGGUGCAGCUGUAGAACCUUUUGAGGAUCUGAGGACCCAUGCCAAAUCUUUUCAGUCUCCUUAGGGGGAAUAGGUUUUGUCGUGCCCUCUUCACGACUGUGUUGGUGUGCUUGGACCAUGUUAGUUUGUUGGUGAUGUGGACACCAAGGAACUUGAAGCACUCAACCUGCUCCACUACAGCCCCGUCGAUGAGAAUGGGGGCGUGCUCGGUACUCUUAUUUUUUCUGUAGUCCACAAUCAUCUCCUUUGUCUUGAUCACGUUGAGGGAGAGGUUGUUGUCCUGGCACACACGGCCAGCUCCUGGGGGCGGCCUGUGAGGAAGUCCAGGAUCCAGUUGCAGAGGGAGGUGUUUAGUCCCAGGGUCGUUAGCUUAGUAAUGAGCUUUGAGGGCACUAUGGUGUUGAACGCUGAGCUGUAGUCAAUGAAUAGCAUUUUCACAUGGGUGUUCCUUUUGUCCAGGUGUGAAAGGGCAGUGUGGAGCGCAAUAGAGACUGCAUCAUCGGUGUAUCUGUUGGGGCGGUAUGCAAAUUGGAGUGGGUCUAGGGUUUCUGGGAUAAUGGUGUUGAUGUGAGCCAUAAUCAGCCUUUCAAAGCACUUCAUGGCUACAGACGUGAGUGCUACAGGUCGGUAGUCAUUUAGGCAGGUUACCUUAGUGUUCUUGGGCACAGGGACUAUGGUGGUCUGUUUGAAACAUGUUGGUAUUACAGACUCAGACAGGGAGAGGUUGAAAAUGUCAGUGAAGACACUUGCCAGUUGGUCAGCACAUGCUCGGAGGACACGUCCUGGUAAUCCGUCUGGCCCUGCGUCCUUGUGAAUGUUGACCUGUUUAAAGGUCUUACUCACAUCGGCUACAGAGGGAGUGAUCACACAGUCGUCCGGAACAGAUGAUGCUCUCAUGCAUGUUUCAGUGUUAGUUGCCUCGAAGCGAGCAUAGAAGUAAUUUAGCUCGUCUGGUAGGCUCGUGUCACUGUGCAGCUCGCGGCUGUGCUUCCCUUUGUAGUCUGUAAUAGGUUGCAAGCCCUGCCACAUCCGGCGAGUGUCGGAGCCGGUGUAGUACGAUUCGAUCUUAGUCCUUUAUUGACGCUUUGCCUGUUUGAUGUUUCGUCUGAGGGCAUAGCAGGAUUUCUUAUAAGCUUCCGGGUUAGAGUCCCACUCCUUGAAAGUGGCAGCUCUACCCUUUUAGGUCAGUGCGGAUGUUGCCUGUAAUCCAUGGCUUCUGGUUGGGCUAUGUACGUACAGUCAUGUACAGUCACCAUGGACAAUUCCUUCGACCUCAUGGCUUGGUUUUUGCUCUGACAUGCACUGUCAACUGUGGGACCUUAUAUAGACAGGUGUGUGCCUUUCCAAAUCAUGUCCAAUCAAUUGAAUUUACCACAGGUGGACUCCAAUCAAGUUGUAGAAACAUCUCAAGGAUGAUCAAUGGAAACAGGAUGCACCUGAGCUGAAUUUCGAGUCUCAUAUCAAAGGGUCUGAAUAGUUAUGUAAAUAAGGUAUUUCUGUUUUUUUUUUUUAAUACAUUUGCAAACAUUUCUAAAAACCUGUUUUCGCUUUGUCAUUAUGGGGUAUUGUGUGUAAAUUAAGUUAAUCCUAUUUAGAAUAAGGAUGUAACGUAACAAAAUGUGGAAAUAGUCAAGGGGUCUGAAUAUUGUAUCUCCGUACUUUAAAAAAAAUAUGGUUUUACUUUUAUUUAUUCAGGGGAGCCCAAUUUGAGACCAAUGGUGUCCUGAGUACAAACCUCUUCACAAUCAAGAAAAUGGACAUUCCAAAUAAAACACGAAGAAUAAAAAAAAUGCUACAAUUUUAACAAAUAAACCAAUACAAUCAAUCAAUUGGUCGAGACCAGAGGGACCUCAAGAGUUAACCCACCCUGCGAGCGGGUUUGGUAGCUCAUUCUUUUAUACUUUAGUAGCAAAGUUAGGUAAGUUGGAAGCUUGUGUAGUAGAGCUUUGUAAACAAUCUGCUUCCUGCUAUUUAGGGAGAGGCAAGAUCUAUUUCUGAAAAAUAAGCCCACUUUAAAUCUUAGCUUUUUAACUACAGUGGCUUGCGAAAGUAUUCACCCCCCCUUGGCAUUUUUCCUAUUUUGUUGCCUUUCAACCUGGAAUUAAAAUUUAUUUUGGGGGGGUUUGUAUCAUUUGAUUUACACAACAUGCCUACCACUUUGAAGAUGCAGAAUAUUUUCUCUUGUGAAACAAACAAGAAAUAAGACAAAAAAAUAGAACUUGAGCGUGCAUAACUAUUUCUCCCCCUUUGUAGAGCCACCUUUUGCAGCAAUUACAGCUGCAAGUCUCUUGGGGUACAGUGGGGGAAAAAAGUAUUUAGUCAGCCACCAACUGUGCAAGUUCUCCCAAUUAAAAAGAUGAGAGAGGCCUGUAAUUUUCAUCAUAGGUACACGUCAAUUAUGACAGACAAAAUGAGAAACAAAAAUCCAGAAAAUCACAUUGUAGGAUUUUUAAUGAAUUUAUUUGCAAAUUAUGGUGGAAAAUAAGUAUUUGGUCAAUAACAAAAGUUUCUCAAUACUUUGUUAUAUACCCUUUGUUGGCAAUGACACAGGUCAAAUGUUUUCUGUAAGUCUUCACAAGGUUUUCACACACUGUUGCUGGUAUUUUGGCCCAUUCCUCCAUGCAGAUCUCCUCUAGAGCAGUGAUGUUUUGGGGCUGUCGCUGGGCAACACAGACUUUCAACUCCCUCCAAAGAUUUUCUAUGGGGUUGAGAUCUGGAGACUGGCUAGGCCACUCCAGGACCUUGAAAUGCUUCUUACGAAGCCACUCCUUCGUUGCUCGGGCGGUGUGUUUGGGAUCAUUGUCAUGCUGAAAGACCCAGCCACGUUUCAUCUUCAAUGCCCUUGCUGAUGGAAGGAGGUUUUCACUCAAAACCUCACGAUACAUGGCCCCAUUCAUUCUUUCCUUUACACGGAUCAGUCGUCCUGGUCCCUUUGCAGAAAAACAGCCCCAAAGCAUGAUGUUUCCACCCCCAUGCUUCACAGUAGGUAUGGUGUUCUUUGGAUGCAACUCAGCAUUCUUUGUCCUCCAAACACGACGAGUUGAGUUUUUACCAAAAAGUUCUAUUUUGGUUUCAUCUGACCAUAUGACAUUCUCCCAAUCCUCUUCUGGAUCAUCCAAAUGCACUCUAGCAAACUUCAGACGGGCCUGGACAUGUACUGGCUUAAGCAGUGGGACACGCCUGGCACUGCAGGAUUUGAGUCCCUGGCGGCGUAGUGUGUUACUGAUGGUAGGCUUUGUUACUUUGGUCCCAGCUCUCUGCAGGUCAUUCACUAGGUCCCCCCGUGUGGUUCUGGAAUUUUUGCUCACCGUUCUUGUGAUUAUUUUGACCCCACAGGUGAGAUCUUGCGUGGAGCCCCAGAUCGAGGGAGAUUAUCAGUGGUCUUGUAUGUCUUCCAUUUCCUAAUAAUUGCUCCCACAGUUGAUUUCUUCAAACCAAGCUGCUUACCUAUUGCAGAUUCAGUCUUCCCAGCCUGGUGCAGGUCUACAGUUUUGUUUCUGGUGUCCUUUGACAGCUCUUUGGUCUUGGCCAUAGUGAAGUUUGGAGUGUGACUGUUUGAGGUUGUGGACAGGUGUCUUUUAUACUGAUAACAAGUUCAAACAGGUGCCAUUAAUACAGGUAACGAGUGGAGGACAGAGGAGCCUCUUAAAGAAGAAGUUACAGGUCUGUGAGAGCCAGAAAUCUUGCUUGUUUUUAGGUGACCAAAUACUUAUUUUCCACCAUAAUUUGCAAAUAAAUUCAUUAAAAAUCCUACAAUGUGAUUUUCUGGAAAAAAAAUUCUCAAUUUGUCUGUCAUAGUUGGCGUGUACCUAUGAUAAUAAUAUACUUUUUUUUCCCGAAAAUGACAUUGUAGGAUUAUUAAUGAAUUUAUUUGCAAAUUAUGGUGGAAAAUAAGUAUUUGGUCACCUACAAACAAGCAAGAUUUCCCACUGUAUGUCUCUAUAAGCUUGGCACAUCUAGCCACUGGGAUUUUUGCCCAUUCUUCAAGGCAAAACUGCUCCAGCUCCUUCAAGUUGGAUGGGUUCCACUGGUGUACAGCAAUCUUUAAGUCAUUCCACAGAUUCUCAAUUGGAUUGAGGUCUGGGCUUUGACUAGGCCAUUCCAAUACAUUUAAAUGUCUUUCCCUGUAUUUAGCGGCAUCCAUCAUUCCUUCAAUUCUGACCAGUUUCCCAGUCCCUGCCGAUGGAAAAACAUCCCCACAGCAUGAUGAGAGGUGUUGGGUUUGCACCAGACAUAGUGUUUUCCUUGAUGGCCAAAAAGCUCAAUUUUAGUCUCAUCUGACCAGAGUACCUUCUUCCAUAUGUUUGGGGAGUCUCCCACAUGGCUUUUGGUGAACACCAAACGUGUUUGCUUAUUGUUUUCUUUAAGCAAUGGCUUUUUUCUGGCCACUCUUCCGUAAAGCCCAGCUCUGUGGAGUGUACGGCUUAAAGUGGUCCUAUGGACAGAUACUCCAAUCUCCGCUGUGGAGCUUUGCAGCUCCUUCAGGGUUAUCUUUGGUCUCAUUGUUGCCUCUCUGAUCAAUGCCCUCAUUGCCUGGUCUGUGAGUUUUGGUGGGCGGCCCUCUCUUGGCAGGUUUGUUGUGGUGCCAUAUUCUUUCCAUUUUUUAAAUAAUGGAUUUAAUGGUGCUCCAUGGGAUGUUCAAAGUUUCAGAUCUUUUUUUAUAACCCAACCCUGAUCUGUACUUCUCCACAACUUUGUCCCUGACCUGUUUGGAGAGCUCCUUGGUCUUCAUGGUGCCACUUUAUUGGUGGUGCCCCUUGCUUAGUGGUAUUGCAGACUCUGGGGCCUUUCAGAACAGGUGUGUAUAUAUACCGAGAUCAUGUGACACUUAGAUUGCACACAGGUGGACUUUAUUUAACUAAUUAAGUGACUUCUGAAGGUAAUUGGUGGCACCAGAUCUUAUUUAGGGGCUUCAUAGCAAAGGGGGUGAAUACAUAUGCACGCACAACUUUUCCGUUAUUUAUUUUGUAGAAUUAUUUUUAAACACUUUUUUCUUUUUCUUUUUACUUCACCAAUUUGGACUAUUUUGUGUAUGUCCAUUAUUUGAAAUGCAAAUAAAAAUCAUUUUAAAUUACAGGUUGUAAUGCAACAAAAUAGGAAAAACGCCAAGGGGGAUGAAUACUUUUGCAAGGCACUGGAGCUCAUCUGUAUAUUUUUUAAACAUUCAGUCUUUGUCAUCCAAAUGCCCAGAUAUUUAUAGGUGGGGACCUGAUCAAUGGGAGAACCUUCGAAUGAAUAAAUAUGUAGUCCAUCAUAAACAUUUUUGCGAGAAUUAGAGAACAAGAUGUAUUUAGUCUUGCCCACAUUAAGUAUACGUUUUAAACCUACCAGGGCUUUCUGUAAGGCAACCUGGCCAGAUUGCAGCUCUAACAUAGCCUGGUCAUCAGUUGGGGCAAUGGCAUACAUAAGUGUCGUCUGUUUACAGAUGAACAUUACAAGUUUUAAUAUCUAGAAAACUAGACUUAACACCAUCAGAAAUCACAAUGUGAUGUCUGCCAGAUAAUUCUCAAACCACUUGCAAGAAGCCUGAUACAGGCCUAUUUCAGUCAACCAUUGUUAUGAGAAUGUGAUGGUCAACAGUGUUGAAGGCCUUGGAGAGGUCUAUAAAGAAGGCAGCAUAAUGAUUUUUAUGAUCUAUGCAAUUUAACACAUCAGCUGAAACAGUGCCAUGUCCAGGUCUAAAACCGAAUUGGUGUGGAAAUGAUUCCAUUUAGAGUGUAAGAAAAUAAAAUGUUAUGUUUCACCUCUGUGUCAUCAAGCAAGUGCUAAGUACUGUCUGUGAAGCAUUUCUGCUGUGAACAUGCUGUGUGACUCACUCAACGUCUCAUCACAGAUAGGGAACCAAAGUCAUCAUGUCUCUGCCUGAAUCAUCCACAUCUCGUUGAACAAGCUGUCCAUGACUGUGUCUUAAUGCAAAUCACAUGGAAACAGCAAGCCAGUCAGGUGGGACCAUACACAGUAACAGUGGCCAAGUGAUUAUGACAGCUGUCCAUCAACAAUUUGAUUCAAUGAUCAUUAUUGUUAUACAACUUAAUUGACAUCCACCCGACUAGUGAGUGCUGGCUUGAGGAGGACAGUGUCGCUGCCUGGUUGAUAAUGAACCAGAUACUCCAAAGAGGUAAAGCUGACUGUUACUGUGCUUGGUCUUCCUUCAGCAGAGCAAACCCUGGUGGAAGAUAGAGACUAUCGUCAACUGGCCUUUUGUUGGCUCCCAGAGAAGAAACCUGUCCUGGGUUCAACUAGCUGGACACAAAGGUAAAGCACAGUCAUCAUGGUCAUGACCCCUCACCUAUCAGAGCAGCACACCAAAAACCAAUCACUAAUGUAAGAUGAUACAUACUGUACACAUUCCACACAAAAUAAAGCACACAAGACACAGACCGUACUGUAUACUAUUAGUCACACUCAACUGCAAAUUCAAUCUGAAACAAUCUUCUUGACCCUAACCAGCUUCAAGACGGGUCAAUCAACCGAGACCUCUCUCCUCUGUGUCACGGAGGCUCUCCGUACUGCCAAAGCUGACUCUCUCUCCUCUCCUCAUCCUCCAAGAUCUGUCCGCUGCCUUCGACAGCAUAAACCAUCAGAUCCUCCGCUCCACCCUCUCAGGGCUGGGCGUCUCAGGCUCUGCACACUCUUGGAUUGCAUCCUACCUGUCAGGCCGCUCCUACCAGGUGAUGUGGAGAGGAUCUCUGCAGCACGUCCUCUCACUACUGGUGUCCCUCAGGGCUCGGUUCUAGGCCCUCUCCUUCCCCCUUCUGACACCCAGGUGGUGACAGGCAUCUCUGCGUGCCUGGCAGACAUCUCAGCUUGGAUGUCGGCCCACCACCUCAAGCUCAACCUCAACAAGACGGAUUCGCAUUUCCUCCCGUAGAAGGCCUGCCCACUCCAAGACCUCUCCAUCACGGUUGACAACUCCACGGUGUCUUCCUCCCAGAGUGCAAAGAACCUUGGCUUGACUCCAGACAACUACCUAUCAUUCUCUGCAAACAUCAAAGCAGUGACUCGCUCCUGCAGGUUCAUGCUCUACAAAUCCAUAGAGUACGACCCUAGUACCUCACACAGGAAACGGUGCAGGUCCUAAUCCAGGCACUUGUCAUCACCCGUCUGGACUACUGCAACUCGCUGUGGGCUGGGCUCCCCGCUUGUGCCAUAAAACCCCUGCAACUUAUCCAGAACUCUGCAGCCUGCCUGGUGUUCAACCAUCCCAAGUUCUACCAUGUCACCCCGCCCCUCCACACACUACACUGGCUUCCAGUCGACGCUCACAUCCACUAGAAAACCAUGGUGCUUACCUACUGAGGAACUGCCCCUCAACCUUCAGGCUAUACUCAAACCCUACACCCAACCCGAGCACUACAUUCUGCCACCUCUGGUCUCUUGGCCAUCCCACCCCUACAGAGGGUCCGCUCCCGCUCAGCCCAGUCAAAGCACUUCUCUGUCCUGGCACCCCAAUGGUGGAACAAGCUUCCCCUUGAAGCUAGGACAGCAGAGUCUCUGCCCAUCUUCUGAAAACAACUAAAACCCAACUACCUCUUCAAAGAGUAUCUUGAACUUAUUACACAUUUGUUGUUACAACCUGAAUAAAAAUUGGAUUCAAUGUAUACUUUUUUCACUCAUCUACACACAAUAUCCCAUAAUGACAAAGUGAAAACAUGUUUUUAGAAAUUUUUGUAAAUGUAUUGAAAAUUAAAUACAGAAAUAUCUCAUUUACAUAAGUAUUCCCACCCUGGAGUCAAUACAUGUUAGAAUCACCUUAGGCAGUGAUUACAGCUGUAAGUCUUUCUGGGUAAGUCUCUAAGAGCUUUCCACACCUGGAUUGUACAAUGUUUGCACAUUAUUCUUUGAAAAAUUCUUCAAGCUCUGUCAAGUUGGUUGUUGAUCAUUGCUAGACAGCCAUUUUCAAGUCUUGCCAUAGAUUUUCAAGUCGAUUUAAGUCAAAACUAACUAGGCCACUCAGGAACAUUCAAUGUUGUCUUGGUAAGCAACUCAAGUGUAUAUUUGGCCUUGUGUUUUAGGUUAUUGUCCUGCUGAAAGGUGAAUUUGUCUCCCAGUGUCUGUUUGAAAGCAGACUGAACCAGGUUUUCCUCUAGGUGCUUAGCUCUAUUCUGUUUCUUUUUAUCCUAAAACAACUCCCGAGUCCUUGCCGAUGACAAGCAUACCCAUAACAUGAUGCAGCCACCUCCGUUCUUGAAAAUAUGAAGGGUGGUACUCAGUGAUGUUUUGUGUUGGAUUUGCCCCAAACAUAACGCUUUGUAUUCAGGGCAUGAAGUUUUUUGCAGUUUUACUUUAGUGCCUAUAUUUUUUUUAUAUUUUUUAUUCUGUACAGGCUCCCUUCUUUUCACUGUCAUUUAGGUUAGUAUUGUGGAGUAACUACAAUGUUGUUGAUCCAACCUCAGUUUUCUCCUAUCACAGGCAUUAAACUCUGUAACUGUGUGUCAGUGAUGUCAUUUCAGGGCAAAAGUGUUUUCUGGCUUCGUGCUUUACUGCCGCUUCUCCCUGGUACCUGUUUCGCCUAACAGUGUUUACUCGUUAACUGUGAUUCGUUAUUUCUUCGUCUCUUUUUUGUUGUUUUGUUUUUGUCCACUUUUAGGCCUACUGGAGUUGUGACUUUUACAACCUUGGCUUAUUAGUGCUAGCUAGUUAGCUUUUAGCCUACCUCUGAAAGGCUCAGCAUGGUCAAUCCGUGGUCUGCAGUGGCUUUACAACAUUUACUACUGAUACAGACUCUGCAGAAGUCAGAGCAAACUUACUUUUUGGCUUCACAGAGCUGUUCUCAAGGAAGUGAGUUUGUGUUUUAUACAGGACCUCCCGCCCCCACCUACCAUCAACCAAUCAUGUCAAUGCGGAGCUAUACGGAGCCCUCUACAUUGUUACAAAAUGUGAAAGGCGCAUGGCAAUGCGGUACAGAGCUUGAUUUGGCCUCUGCAUGCCUCCGGAGGCUCUGCAAUUGCGUCACACCCUCAAUACGAAGCCUCCGACCACAUUUUCAGAUCAAGCACUGCUGUGAUCACUUCCACCUGCCUGGAUUCUUCCUAUGAUCGCUGGCCUCCUGUUUCACUGACCCACCUCUGGAUUAUUGCCUUGGACCUCCCUCCUGGAAUACCUAUCAGAUUACCCACUUUGAUUCUCCCGCAGCCCGGUAUGGCUUCCGCCUCCCCCUGCUUAUUUGCCGGUUAGCUCUAUGGCAGUGGUCACCAACCAGUCGAUCACCAAACAUUUCUGUAGAAAAGCCAACAAAGGCUUGCACUCCUUUUUUUUGUGUGUGUUGCGCUGUUGUCUGUAGUUGCAAUUGAUUCAGAAGCCCUGCGCAUGGGGCAGGCAAAGUGUUCCCAUUUUGAACCAUUUCGUUUGUCUGAAAAGACAAACUCCGCCUACCAGGCAGACCGGGAGAUCUGUGGCUAAAAUAAGUGUGCCUACUGCAGUGGCCAAUCGGAUAGCUAAAAUCACCUUGCCUACAGCUUUCCCGGCUACAGCAAAGUUUGAUACUAGCCAACAUGAGGUUUCAUAAGUUUUAAAACCAUGACGAGAGAGAGACUGUCAAAGAAUACAGCAAAGAGCUGCUGUUUUUAUGAGUGAGUUCAUGUCUGUUUUUAUUCAACACAUUAAACGCGCUUCUCCCUACUUCUCCCGCAGCAAUGAAUGAGUAGCCAAGUGUAUCGAUAGCCUUGCAUUUUACUUAUUAUUAGCAGCUUCUCGUGUCUGUUUUAAUAUCAAGGAAUAUUUCACCUUCUCUGGUCAUUGGAACAACAUGAAUUUGUGCAUGAGGCAGAUGCAGUUCGACUUGAGUUUCACCAUCAGGUGGAAGACUGUGUCCCCUCUUUCUGCUCAGUCUCACUGGAGAAAAGGAAGGAGAGAGUAGGGACCGUGAGAGGUGGAACCUCUGCUGCUCUCUCCUUCCCUCCGCUGUGAUUAAUGCCGUGUUCAAAACAACUGGGAAAUCUCGGACUUCCGACCUCAGUAGGAUCAAGACAACUGGGAACUCUGACAAAAAUGAGAUCCAACUGGGAACAAUCGUUUUGAACGGUCAUCCAACUCAGAAUUCCAAGUCGGAAACUCUAGAGCUCCGACUUUCCGACCUGAAGAUCACUGACGUCAUGAUUUGACCAUGUAUUAUUUCCCGAGUUCCCAGUUGUUUUGCAAGCACCAUGACCAUCAGAUGCAGGUACCAUCAGUCGUGCCUCGCAUGUGCUACACCAACUGAUCUAUUUGUUAUCAAAGCUCGAGUUUUGAAAUAUAAUAUGGUCUGAGAAGAAUAUCAGCAGGCCAGGCCUAUAGCCAAUAUGCUGUGAUAAUGUGUUAGGCCUACUUCACAAACCUCCUUCCUAAAUAACUAUUUUUAUUAGGUUAAUGCUACAUUUGAAGUCCUGUUUAAGAAAUAUUCUGAGCGGUAGAACUCUGCUUGCUUUUUGACUGCGAAAGUGAUCUUGACUCAGAAAAGGUUGGUGACCACUGCGCUACGUCCUCUACCCUGAAGUGCUUCUCUCCCUGGCUCUGGUAACCCAGUCUCAACUCUUUUGCCAUCGCGUGGGCCCCAGUCGUCAAUCUCAUUGAGUAAGUCUCCGCUCUCUCUUUGCUUUUGCUCUGCUGGCAAAGAUUUUGUUUUUGACUGUGGGUUAUAAUGCUAGCUGGUUUAGAGUAGGCUAGUUGGGCUCUAGCUUGCUGCUUUGCUGACCAUUUACAUUUACAUUUUAGUCAUUUAGCAGAUGCUCUUAUCCAGAGCGACUUACAGUUAGUGAGUGCAUACAUUUUCACACUGGCCCCCCGUGGGAAUCGAACAACCUCAGGGGAAUGUUCUGUGGUGGUUGUUACAGAUGUUGUGCACAACAUUUUAGUGCAUGUUAGGAGAACAUUCCAAGGAUAUUUCAUUUAAUCACUUUCUGAAGAAGAAGAAAAUAUUUUGUUAUCAAAAACAUAAUUUUAAUGUAUUGGGAUGUUAUCAUUUUAAUGUUAGAUAAAAACUCUAAUUAGAACGUAAUGUUGUAUGUUAACUAAUGUCCUAGGAAUGUUCCCAGUUUGCUGGGAAGAGAUUGGACCCAGUGGGCAAAAAUUCCUAACAUUUUCAAAUUAUGGAUUUUUCCAGGAACUCCGCAUGAGAUGCACACCAACUGGUUAUCAAUGAGAGAUUGAAAAAACACAAUAGCUAACUUUACAAAUAGUAAAAAUCAACUAACAAAAAUAUAUAAUUACCCCAAAAAAUAUAUGGUUUGGCCUUUUUUCCAAAUCACUCUCCCUCCCUUCGACCACUGAACUGUAGCUGUUGUCUGUGUGGUUGGGGGGAAUGCCAGGAAAACUCCUAGAGCACCAACCAGGCAUUCACAGACAUACCCAGACCUGCUGCCAUAUUGCCCUUUUAUCAGAGCUAACCACCUCACAAUCUCCUGCAAAGGCCAGGAGUGCAUGCCUGACAGACAGACAGGGGAAGAGGCAUUGUGAGCCCCUUGUCAACAAAUGUAUAUUGAUUUUGAUAUAAUGUAUACAGCGUGUGCAGUACAUUCCAACAAUAUACUUAAAAAACAUGUAUGUAUUAGAAUUGGUGUAAUUACUAUAAUCAGAUGUAAUUUCGACAAAUGACACUGCACUAGACGACCAUGGCAGUUUCCUUCCUCUCCGGCAACUAAGUUAGGAAGGAUGCCUGUAUCUUUGUAGUGACUGGGUGUAUUGAUACACCAUCCAAAGUGUAAUUAAUAACUUCACCAUGCUUAAAGGAAUAUUCAAUGUCUGCUUUUUUGUGGUCCUGUAUCGCUCAGUUGGUAGAGCAUGGCGCUUGUGACGCCAGGAUUGUGAGUUUGAUUCCCGUGGCUACACACACAUAAAAAUGUGUGAAUGCAUGACUGUAAUUCGCUUUGGAUAAAAGCAUCUGCUACAUGGCUUUAUUAUUAUUAUCAUUAUUAUUAUAUUUAAAAAAUACCAAUAGUUGCCCUUCUUUGCGAGGUAUUGGAAAACCGCCCUGGUCUUUGUGGUUGAAUCUGUUUGAAUUUCUACAAUCUGUUUACAAUUAUCUGUAUGUGUGGGGUACAGAGAUUAGGUAUUCUUUCAAAAAUCAUGUUAAACACUAUUAUUGUGCACAGAGUGAGUCCAUGCAACUUAUUAUGUGACUUGUUAAGCAAAUCUUUACUCCUCAACUUAUUUAGGCUUGCUAUAACAAAGGGGUUGAAUACAUAUUGACUCAAGACAUUGCAGCUUUUCAUUUUUUAUUAAUUUGUAAAAAUUAAAAAUAAUAUUAUUCCACUUUGACAUUAUGGGGUAUUGUGUGUAGGCCAGUGACACUAUCUAAUUUUAAUACAUUUUAAAUUCAGGCUGUAACACAACAAAAAUGUGGAAAAAGUAUAGGGUUGUGAAUACUUUUUCAGAAGUCACUUUAAGAAUUUUUUUACAUUUUACAUUUUUAGUCAUUUAGCAGACGCUCUUAUCCAGAGCGACUUAGUUUAUUUUUAUUUAUUUAUUUAAUCAUUAUUAUUAUUAUUAUUAUUAUUAUUAUUAUUAAUUUUUUUUUAUCGAACCCACAACCCUGGCGUUGCAAACGCCAUGCUCUACCAACAUCCCUGCCUGCCAUUCCCUCCCCUACCCUGGACGACGCUGGGCCAAUUGUGCGCCGCCCCAUGGGUCUCCCGGUCACGGCCGGCUACGACAGAGCCUGGAUACGAACCAGGAUCUCUAGUGGCACAGCUAGCACUGCAAUGCAGUGCCUUAGACCACUGCGCCACUCGGGAGAGACAUUUUUAUAGUUUUUUCCAACUAGCACUGACUCUACUGAUUAACAUUACAUUUACAUUUACGUCAUUUAGCAGACGCUCUUAUCCAGAUUAACUUCUGUAUUUGGGUAAAAUGUCUACGUACGAAUGCACUUUCUGUAAGUCGCAGUGAAUAAGAGUCUGCUAAAUGACUAAAAUGUAAAAAAAAUGUAAAUAUAAACUGGUAAUCCAUUAGUAGUUUUCUGUGGAAUGUCAGUGUGUCUGUGCUUCUCUUUUCCAGGUAAUUUCAAAGCUGGCGGCGAAGGCACCAUUCUGAAGAAGUUCUCAGAGAAUGAGAAGCUGUGUUUUGAGAGAUUGCAGGGUGACGUGCUCCAGGGCUUUGUACCAGGAUACCAUGGGGUGGUGGAGAGGGAUGGGGAACCAUUCCUACAUAUGACUGAUCUACUGGUCAAUUUUGAUGAACCCAGUGUCAUGGACUGCAAGAUGGGAGUGAGGUAGGGAAGCAGCAAUAGUGAGUAGAGAGUAGCAGUAGGUUUGUUUUAUAAUAAUGUGCAGAAUACUAUACCCCUAUAGGAGGAUUGGGUGAAAGAAGGUAUUAAGCAAUGUUGAGAAAAUGGCAAACAAAUCACUGUUGGAGUAAUAUACAGUGGGGGAAAAAAGUAUUUAGUCAGCCACCAAUUGUGCAAGUUCUCCCACUUAAAAAGAUGAGAGAGGCCUGUACUUUUCAUCAUAGGUACACGUCAACUAUAACAGACAAAUUGAGAAAAGAAAUUCCAGAAAAUCACAUUGUAGGAUUUUUAAUGAAUUUAUUUGCAAAUUAUGGUGGAAAAUAAGUAUUUGGUCAAUAACAAAAGUUUCUCAAUACUUUGUGAUAUACCCUUUGUUGGCAAUGACACAGGUCAAACGUUUUCUGUAAGUCUUCACAAGGUUUUCACACACUGUUGGUGGUAUUUUGGCCCAUUCCUCCAUGCAGAUCUCCUCUAGAGCAGUGAUGUUUUGGGGCUGUCGCUGGGCAACACAGACUUUCAGCUCCCUCCAAAGAUUUUCUAUGGGGUUGAGAUCUGGAGACUGGCUAGGCCACUCCAGGACCUUGAAAUGCUUCUUACGAAGCCACUCCUUCAUUGCCCGGCGGUGUGUUUGGGAUCAUUGUCAUGCUGAAAGACCCAGCCACGUUUCAUCUUCAAUGCCCUUGCUGAUGGAAGGAGGUUUUCACUCAAAAUCUCACGAUACAUGGCCCCAUUCAUUCUUUCCUUUACACGGAUCAGUCGUCCUGGUCCCUUUGCAGAAAAACAGCCCCAAAGCAUGAUGUUUCCACCCCCAUGCUUCACAGUAGGUAUGGUGUUCUUUGGAUGCAACUCAGCAUUCUUUGUCCUCCAAACACGAAGAGUUGAGUUUUUACCAAAAAGUUAUAUUUUGGUUUCAUCUGACCAUAUGACAUUCUCCCAAUCCUCUUCUGGAUCAUCCAAAUGCACUCUAGCAAACUUCAGACGGGCCUGGCUUAAGCAGGGGGACACGUCUGGCACUGCAGGAUUUGAGUCCCUGGCGGCGUAGUGUGUUACUGAUGGUAGGCUUUGUUACUUUGGUCCCAGCUCUCUGCAGGUCAUUCACUAGGUCCCCCCGUGUGGUUCUGGGAUUUUUGCUCACCGUUCUUGUGAUCAUUUUGACCCCACGGGGUGAGAUCUUGCGUGGAGCCCCAGAUCGAGGGAGAUUAUCAGUGGCCUUUUAUGUCUUCCAUUUCCUAAUAAUUGCUCCCACAGUUGAUUUCUUCAAACCAAGCUGCUUACCUAUUGCAGAUACAGUCUUCCCAGCCUGGUGCAGGUCUACAAUUUUGUUUCUGGUGUCCUUUGACAGCUCUUUGGUCUUGGCCUUAGUGGAGUUUGGAGUAUGACUGUUUGAGGUUGUGGACAGGUGUAUUUUAUACUGAUAACAAGUUCAAACAGGUGCCAUUAAUACAGGUAAAGAGUGGAGGACAGAGGAGCCUCUUAAAGAAGAAGUUACAGGUCUGUGAGAGCCAGAAAUCUUGCUUGUUUGGAGGUGACCAAAUACUUAUUUUCCACCAUAAUUUGCAAAUAAAUUCAUUAAAAAUCCUACAAUGUGAUUUUCUGGAAAAAAUAUUCUCAUUUUGUCUGUCAUAGUUGACGUGUACCUAUGAUGAAAAUUACAGGCCUCUCUCAUCUUUUUAAGUGGGAGAACUUGCACAGUUGGUCGCUGACUAAAUACUUUUUUUCCCCACUGUAAUUUAGCAAUAUCAGAGAGCAUUUUCCAUCUUACACUUCAGUGCUCCUGAUAGCAGAACAUACACAUUGUAAACCUGUUUUAUUUGCUCUUGAUAAAAAACCUGUUACUGUUUCUGUGAGGAUUUCCUGCCACACAUAGUGGGCGGGGUGUCACAUCACACAGAGGCCCUCACUAAUGAGCCUCACAUUUCCUGUACACAGACAGAAAGAACCACGUACACACGCGCAUACACAUAUACAGGGUGGUUGCAGGCACAGGUUUCCCCUGGAGUCUCCCUUCUGACAAACACAAUCAAUGAAUUACCCAAGCUCUCUCACUUGCAGCUAACACACACUUAUACUGUCAGCCUGUGUACCCUGGAGUCUCCUCCUGACUUCUUUUAUACAAAGGAAGUUCGGUUAGCAGAAUGAAACUGACAUUCACCGCACAAACAUUGACUUUGCUUCUCUUUUUGUCUACCAAGUAAGACUAAGCAAGUCAAUUCUUCCAUCCAAAGCAUAACAAACUCAUAGCAUUGUCAUUGUCUGUAAUGCUUCCACACCAACUCCACUAUCAUCAUACACAAACAAGACAAUGAAAAGUCACUUAACUGUGAGGAUUGUGAACAGUGUCAUGGCCGCCCUGUUGUCCUCUUCUCAGGACGUAUCUGGAGGAGGAGCUGGUGCGAGCGCGGGAGCGGCCGAAGCUCCGUAGGGACCUGUAUGACAAGAUGCUGGAGGUGGACAGUGAGGCCCCCAGCCCCCAGGAGCACCUCCAGAGGGCUGUCACCAAACCCCGCUACAUGCAGUGGAGAGAGACCCUCAGCUCCACACACACCCUUGGGUUCCGCAUCGAGGGCAUCAAGGCAAGUACCAGUGUGUCAGUCUGUGUCAACGUAAAGGAGGAAAUUCAGUCAGUGUUCACUCAAAACGCCACCAUAGAGAUCAUUUUCCAUUUAAACCAGAAAAGGCUUUUCCUGGACAAAAAACAACAACAUUUUCAAUGGUUUAAUGUUGCUGUUAAGUUUUCCAUUUGAAGUUCAAAACAUAUGCAAUUUAGUCAUGUUGUAGCCUUGACCUUAUUGCACGUGGACAGUGCUGCUUAUCACCAUAUUGACUGUUCCUUCUCUCAGAAAGCUGAUGGUACAUGUCAUACGGAUUUCAAGAAGAUCCGGUCAAAGGAGGAUGUCACACAGGUCUUCAGGGACUUUUCCGGAGUCAACACAAACAUACUAGUAGGUUGACAGCUACUAGUCCUACCUGUUAUGGUGUUACAGCCGCAUUCAUUUGCAUGUUCUGCUGAUUCUUAGACAAAUAGAGACAUACCUGUCUCAUUUAAAGGCAAUACUUGAACAGUCAAACAAAUUGGUUUGACUUUACCUGUCUCAUGUAAGAGCUCAUGAAAAGUAAUACACACAUUGGUAAAUAUUUGGAUAGGAUGAGCAACCCACAUGGCAAUAUGCACUACAGUAGAUCCUGUUGGAACGACAGAUGGCAAAUGGAAUUUAACUACCAAUACACAUAACCUCUAUUGAUUUAAUGGAUUUAUCAAGGGAGGUUCCCAAGUCUCAACUCUAUAGCCAGAAUAAUCAUAUUGCCCCCUAUUUCCCCUCCUCUCAUACAGAAUUCCUACCUGAGCAAACUAGUAAAAAUUCAACAAGCCCUGAAGUCAUCUGAAUUCUUCAAGAGACACGAGGUGAAUAGAGGAGCUUUAGUUCAUCUGCACCUGUUUUCUGUUAAGAUUUGUUCAUCACGUUAGAUAUAUUAAACACAUCUAAGAGCUUUUGUGAGGCAUACCGGUGAAUAAUAUGAAUGAUUAUAUUGUAAUGAGUACACGUCUUCUCUCUCCAAGGUGAUUGGGAGUUCCCUCCUCUUCAUCCAUGACCACACUGAGCGAGCUGAGGUUUGGCUCAUUGACUUCGGUAAGACUACAGGUCUACCUGAAGGACAGACUCUGGACCACUGCAUACCCUGGCAGGAGGGCAAUCGAGAGGACGGAUACAUGUGGGGACUGGACAACCUGAAGAGGACACUGGGCUCUUUGACCAACAAAGGAAAUAGUGAAGGAACUAGUAAAUAA